AUGCCACCUGAAGAGAAGAGCCCAGACGGUGGCGAGGAAGGGGACAGGGCAAGUGGCCUCGUCCUCCUGCAAGCCCUGAAGAGCGGCAGCACCCGAAAGCAGGGCUGUGACCCCUUUGCUCAGACCCAGCGCAGCAAACUGCAGCAUCGCCGGGCACGGAUUAACCAGCAGAUCAACAAGGAGAUGAGGAUGCGAGCGGGGGCAGAAAAUCUCUUCAGGUUGUUGUCUUCUUCCAGUGAGUCCAUCAGUGUCCCCAUGAUCCCUUUGGGCCUGAAGGAGACAAAGGAGCUGGAUUUGCUGGUACCACUGAAGGAUCUCAUCAGUGAACACUAUGGAGAGGAGGGCAUUUUGUUUGAAAAAGAAAUCAGAGAGUUCAUGGAGCUACGGCAGGCAAUGCGCACCCCGAGCCGCAACGAAGCUGGGCUCGAGCUCUUGAUGGAGUAUUACAACCAGCUCUACUUCCUCGACAGCCGUUUCUUCCCUCCCACCAAAAGCCUGGGUGUCUUCUUCCACUGGUACGACUCCCUGACGGGGGUCCCAUCCCACCAGCGGGCGCUGGCCUUUGAGAAGGGCAGCGUGCUUUUCAACAUCGGAGCCCUGCACACCCAGAUCGGAGCGCGGCAGGACCGUGCAUCCCUGCCGGGGCUCAACCAGGCCAUCGAUGCCUUUCAGAAGGCAGCUGGUGCCUUUAACUACUUGAAGGAAAACUUCUCCAACGCUCCCAGCCUGGAUAUGAGCGCCGCCUCCUUGAACAUGCUGGUGCGGCUGAUGGUCGCCCAGGUCCAGGAGUGCGUCUUUGAGAAGAUGACCUUGCUGCGUGCCCAGCACGACUUCCUCACCUGGCUGCAGCUUGCCCAGGAGGCGGCAAGGGUGGAAUAUGUCUACUCACUGGUACACCAGACGAUGACCCAGGCCCACGUGAAGGAUUACGUUCCCUUCUCUUGGACGACCAUGGUCCACGUCAAGUCGGAGCAUUUUAAAGCCCUCUCCCACUACUUCGCUGCCAUUGCUCUCUGUGACUGCCCUGCGGCAUCCGAUGCUGAACUGCCAGAGCAGGAGAAGGCUUUUAUCCAGUUCCACGUCACCAUGCCAGAGGGACCGUCGCUCCGCAUCCUGCUGCAGGACCCUGAGGAGAGGAGGAAGCUGGGCAAAGCUCACCUGAAGAAAGCCAUCAUGAAGCACGAAGAAGCCAUGAGGAUUCACGGCUUGUGCAAGAUCCUGCGGAAGAUGGAUAUCCUCCAGGAGGUCCUCUCCUUUGCCCACAAACGCUCACUGAGCAAAUACUCGGAAAUCGACCACGAGGAGGACUUCUUUGAAACUGGAGAUGCCCCGGACAUUCACCCCAAAACUCACCAGAAACCAGAGAUAAAAUCCCCCAACUUCUCCCAGGUGAAGGUGACCGACCUCUUCCAUAGGCUGGGACCCCUUUCGGUUUUCUCGGCCAAAAACAAGUGGUACCCAGCACGAAGAGUCCACCUGAUGAGAGGAGAGAACGGUUUUGGGUUCACACUGCGAGGAGACUCCCCGGUCCUUAUUGCUGGUGUCAUCCCCGGGGGCUGCGCUGCCGAAGCCGGGCUGAAGGAGGGAGACUACAUCAUCUCGGUGAACGGCAAGGACUGCAAGUGGUCCAAGCAUGCCGAGGUGGUGCAGCUGCUGAAGAGCACUGGGGAGGAGGGAGUGGAGAUUGGUGUGAUAACCCUGCAGGGCUCGGAGGCACCAAAAGCCGCGGACAAGAAGGCAGCGGCAAUGUCCUCAGGCAGCGGGAUGCUGAAGAGCAACAAGGAGAACAGCCGAAAGAGCCUGAUGAACAGCAAGAGCGCCAGCACGCUGCUCGUCUGGAGCAAGAAGAGCAAGCGGAGCAAGAAGAGCACCUACGGCAUCCCCUUCACUGCGGUGGGAGACAAUGAGGCUAUGUACUGA